CGCUGCUGCUUCUGCCGGUGCUGGUGCUGCUGCUGCCGCUAUUGACACCGCGACGGCGACGACGACGACGACAACGAGCGUGGAAAAGAUGGCGGCGCUCAUCAGGCAUGGCUCGUUCGCCAGCGCGUUGAAGAGUACAUCGGCUAUCCUCGCCGCCGGCACGGUGACCGCGACGGCCGCGGCGACGCGUCGCGAUAUCGCCCGGCACAAGAGCGGCCAAGGGAAGGCCACCAGGGUGGUGGUGAAGGCGCGGAUCGACUCCGCCGGGGAAUCGCUCGCCGCCCGCGGAUUUCUAAGGCCGCAAAAGGCCUACGAGCCCCCGGAAGAUGCGGCCGAGAGGAUCGAGAGAAUCUGCGAGAGUCAAACCAUCCCCCAAAACGACGGCACGAAACUCGAGGAUCCUGUCCUUCGCUUUAAACUGUUCGUCGCCUGCGAGGGGGAAUUUAAGCAUUCCAUUCCGAACUCGCUGCUUUACACUAUCGAGAGUAUCGGAGACCUGAAGCGGUUUUAUUCAACACCGGUUAGCAGCACGACGCCGUACGAAGCGCUGCGCAAAGUAGAUUUGCCCAAGAAUUUGCACAUCCAACAGGAUUAUCAUCGAUUCCAUCCAGAUACCGACACGAUGUUCAACGGCAAAACGGCGUUCCCGAAAAGCUCCACCCUCGUGACCGGUCUCAAGUACAGGAAGAAGUAUCCCGGACACAUGCAGGAGAAUCCAUGGCUGAACGAGCAGAUGAAGAUCUAAAUGGCCAUUGUUGUAGAUUACGAAAACAAAUUGCGAAAGUAUCGUUUAAACUGUUUAAAGGCAAUAAAUUUGUUAAACAACCA